AUGAUUGCGGUAAACUUGGAUUUACCAAGCAAUAUUCCAAGGUAUUGGAUCCCUCCCCCUUAUGUCCUCUGGCAUUGUCAACUAGCUUGGGGUAAAAGAAUAGUACUGACCUUGGGACUUUCUCUGAUUCUUCAUGUAAAUAUUAUUGUACCAAAAGUUAGUGGAUUUAUGGGCUCAAUACUAUGGUUGGCUGCUGGAAAGUAUAUCAGUGAAUGUUCAAAACAGAAGAGAUUAAAGUAUUUUACUUUAGUUAUUUUAGAUGAUCUACAUGCUGUCAUAAGUAUUUGA